UGUCCAAAACCCAUUGCGUGUGUAUCUUCUUAGCCGUGACGAAGUAGGCUCUCUCUUCUUCUAUAAAUCAAACCCCCAAAACAUUUUGUUUCCACCAUUGUUGUUCUCUUUUCUUUCUCAUCAGGCUUUUGCAGUCCAUAAAAAGACCCUUCAAGAUGCAGAUCUUCGUUAAGACCCUCACCGGAAAGACUAUCACUCUCGAGGUCGAGAGCAGUGACACCAUCGAUAACGUCAAAGCCAAAAUCCAAGACAAAGAAGGAAUCCCACCUGACCAGCAGCGUCUCAUCUUCGCCGGGAAGCAGCUUGAGGACGGCCGUACCUUGGCUGACUAUAAUAUCCAAAAGGAGUCCACCCUUCACCUCGUUCUCCGUCUCCGUGGUGGCAUGCAGAUCUUCGUGAAAACCUUGACCGGCAAGACUAUUACUCUCGAAGUCGAGAGCAGCGACACCAUCGACAAUGUCAAGGCUAAGAUUCAGGAUAAGGAAGGAAUUCCUCCAGACCAACAAAGGCUCAUCUUUGCUGGGAAGCAGCUCGAGGACGGUCGCACCUUGGCCGAUUAUAAUAUUCAGAAGGAGUCUACCCUUCAUCUUGUGCUUCGUCUGCGUGGAGGGAUGCAAAUUUUCGUUAAGACGUUGACUGGGAAAACUAUUACCUUGGAGGUGGAGAGCAGCGACACCAUUGAUAACGUCAAGGCAAAAAUUCAGGACAAGGAGGGAAUCCCACCAGACCAGCAGAGGCUGAUCUUCGCCGGAAAGCAGCUGGAAGAUGGCCGGACUUUGGCUGAUUACAAUAUUCAGAAGGAAUCCACUCUCCACCUUGUGCUCAGGCUUCGCGGGGGAAUGCAGAUUUUCGUCAAGACCUUGACUGGGAAGACCAUCACUUUGGAGGUGGAGAGCAGCGACACUAUUGAUAAUGUGAAGGCGAAGAUCCAGGAUAAGGAGGGUAUUCCUCCGGAUCAGCAGAGGCUCAUCUUUGCUGGUAAGCAGCUGGAGGACGGAAGGACUCUGGCUGAUUAUAACAUCCAGAAAGAAUCGACCCUUCACCUUGUCCUGCGCCUGCGUGGUGGUUUCUGAGUGGGGGAAUGGAAUUCCUAUGGUCUAUCUUUCUAAAGAUUAUGUAUUUGUGAUUUCUGAGAGAGACUAAUGGCUCUCUCUUCUUUUAAGAUUGUGAUGUGUGAUUGGCCUCUUCAAGGCCAAGACGAGUAAAUGUUUGUUUUCUUAUCUAUUAUUAAAUAAAAAUUUAUAUAUUACUGUUUUAUUCA